ACAAUGUUAAAAUAAAUGCCAAAGUUGGCGAACAGUGUUAAUCGAGACACUACCGUCAAUUGUUGACUUAUUUAAAUUUUAGUAAUAUUUUGAUAGGUGUCAGUGAUAAGUGCGCGACUCUUCAGAACAGAUCUUGUCUCGAUUCAAAUCUGUGCACUUUCUAAUCGUUGAUUGUUACCUAAUAUCUUGACUAGCGCGCAGACAGUAUCAACCAUUCAGAAUCAGUCGGUGAAUCAAAUUUUCGAAAUGUUCGCGGCUACAGAAUAGACUCAGUGCGUUUUACAUGCCAGAAUUUUCGAGUGCUCAGUUAUCUGUGAUACCUCCAUCUCAUAGCUCAAUCAUUGUUGGACGAAUCCUGCAGGAGUAAGACAUGGCACACCAUUGGGUUUUUUUCGUCACUUCAUGGCUUUUUAGCACAUGUGCAUCUUUCGAGAUACACAAACACAUGAGUUUGGAGGAAAUAAAGAGUACAUUUCAUGUCGAUACUCACAAACUUGUUCCCGAAUACGAAUUGGUACCUAUUCAACAUGUGAGAAAAAGAAGUUUGACUGCCGAAGAAUUAGAAAACGUGAUAGAAGACGACGAUCCAGAUCCAAAAGCCAAAAAAGCGUAUGACAAUAGAAAACUAGAUCCUGCAACCAACAUAAAAUUACGAGCAUUCGGGAAGCCUUUCAAUUUAACCCUGAUACCUACAGAGGGGCUCUUCAAAAAAGGAAAGUUGAAAAUAUGGACUAUUGAACCGAAUGCAACAGCGCAACAUGGCGUGGAAUAUAUCGAAUCUUUUUCUUAUAAAAAGCGGCUGUAG